AUGGAGCUGGGCGGGGCGCUCACCAUCUUUCUGGCUCUCUGCCUCUCCUGUCUGCUCAUCCUGAUUGCCUGGAAAAAAGUCACCAAGGCAGGGAAGCUGCCCCCAGGCCCAACACCGAUUCCUUUCCUGGGGAACCUGCUACAGGUGCGCACCGAUGCCACCUUCCAGUCCUUCAUGAAGAGACUCUUGCACACAGAUUGUUUCAGCUUUGAGGCUCAAAUCCUUGAUCCAUCUAUACAUCAUGUUCCCAUCCAUGCUUCUGCUUCUGUCUUAUUCCACUCACAGCUCAGGGAGAAGUACGGCCCCGUGUUCACCGUGUACAUGGGUCCCCGGCCCGUGGUGAUUCUAUGCGGACAUGAAGCGGUGAAGGAGGCACUCGUGGACCGAGCGGAUGAGUUCAGUGGCCGUGGAGAACUGGCUUCCAUAGAGCGAAAUUUCCAAGGCCAUGGCGUAGCCCUGGCCAAUGGAGAACGCUGGAGGAUCCUGCGACGCUUCUCCUUGACCAUCCUCCGGGACUUCGGGAUGGGCAAACGCAGCAUUGAGGAGCGGAUCCAGGAGGAGGCUGGCUACCUGCUGGAGGAGUUCCGCAAGACCAAGGGUGCCCCCAUCGACCCCACCUUCUUCCUGAGCCGCACCGUCUCCAACGUCAUCAGCUCCGUGGUCUUCGGCAGCCGCUUCGACUACGAGGACGAGCAGUUCCUGAAGCUGCUGAAGAUGAUCAAUGAGAGUUUCAUCGAGAUGAGCACCCCCUGGGCACAGCUGUACGACAUGUACUCUGGAAUCAUGCAGUACUUACCAGGAAGACACAAUCGCAUCUACUACUUGAUAGAGGAGCUCAAGGACUUCAUCGCGUCCAGAGUCAAGGUCAACGAAGCGUCCUUUGACCCUCAAAAUCCCCGGGAUUUCAUUGACUGCUUCCUCAUCAAGAUGCACCAGGAUCAGAAUAAUCCCAACACAGAGUUCAACCUCAAGAACUUGGUGCUCACCACCCUCAACCUCUUCUUUGCGGGCACAGAGACCGUGAGCUCCACCCUCCGCUACGGGUUCCUGCUGCUCAUGAAGCACCCUGAGGUGGAAGCCAAGAUCUAUGAAGAGAUCAACCGGGUGAUUGGACCCCACCGGAUCCCCAGCGUGGACGACCGCGUCCAGAUGCCCUUCACCGAUGCCGUGAUCCAUGAGAUACAAAGGCUGACGGACAUUGUGCCUAUGGGCGUCCCUCACAAUGUCAUUCGGGACACUCACUUUCGAGGCUACCUCCUCCCCAAGGUGGGCAGUACCCCCUCUCUGUGGCCCCUCCUGCCUGUUCCCCAGCCCUGCUUCUGGCACCGAUCGCUCCAGCUGCCCCCCAUCUCAUUUCAGGGCACAGACGUAUUUCCCCUGCUGGGCUCGGUCCUCAAAGACCCCAAGUACUUCCGCCAUCCGGACGCCUUCUACCCCGAACACUUCCUGGACGAGCAGGGCCGUUUCAAGAAGAAUGAGGCGUUUGUGCCAUUCUCCUCUGGCAAGCGCGUCUGCCUGGGUGAAGCCAUGGCCCGCAUGGAACUCUUCCUCUACUUCACCUCCAUCCUGCAGAAUUUCUCCUUGCACCCGCUGGUGCCGCCCGUCAACAUUGACAUCACCCCCAAGAUCUCAGGCUUCGGCAACAUUCCCCCAUCCUAUGAGCUCUGCCUUGUGGCCCGCUAAGUAGCGUCCACCAGGCCCAGAAAGAACCAGGCUGGGGAACCAAGCUGUGCCUAGCAUCCAGGCCUGGCCACCACCCUCACCAAGUUCGCACAGCAACCCCGACAGCAGGCACCGCUACACCUGCCAUGGGAAGUUAACCAGGGUCUGGGAAGAACUUGUAUCACCUCAGCUGGUAGAAGAGCAAUACCCUCUCCAGAA